CCCCUGAAGAAUAGAAAGAAGUGACAUGUUACAGGAAUAGUUGGGUAAAAGAAUUAUAUAUUUGGAAUAUGUUUUACAUUCGUGCUCCAACAGGACAGGUAUUGCUCCAUGAUUUAGAAAAAUGUAUUUUUGGUAGGUUAGAAUAUUUAGAGUUACUGUAUCAGGGUAGACCUCACGAAUUCAAGGGCAAUUGUGAAUAUUUAUUAGAAAAUUCAGCAUAUGAUAAAAUUGGUCAUUUUUCAUUGCGAUUAUUAGCCUCUGUGUCACAAGAUCUAUUUUAUUAUUGGAUAAUUAGAGAAACUGUAUUAUUUCAAAAGAGACUGAAUUAUAUAUUGCCUAGACAAUUACAUAGACUAUUAAGAAGUAUUAUACGUCAACUUAGGUUGCUUACAAAUAAAGAAAAAUUAAUUAAUAACACAUUAAUUGACGUAUGUACUUUUUUCUCAAAACAAUUUGUUUUUAUGCAUCUCGCAACAAAAGAUCAUAAAGAAGAAUGCAAUUUUUUUCAAACCAAAGUGAGAUAUGAAUUAGUACCAGACUUAAUAAAAAAAAGAAAAGUAGAGUUAAGUAAUGGAUAUGCUAUUAUAUACUGUUCCAAAUUAAAAGAAGUCCUGUUAGCAUUAUUUUGUACUUACAUACACAAAGAAGUAACAUGUAUUAAGUCAAAAGCACAACAUACUAUAAAUCAAGAUGUUAGACUGGACUAUUUAUAUCAGAAAAUCCAUUGUCAAAUAUUUCAAACAAGCCAUGGAUAUGGACACAUAACUGUUGAUAAUAUAGAUAUGCAAAUGAGAAAUUUUCCUCUCUGCAUGCAACAUUUGUAUAGAAAAUUACGAAAUACACAUCGACUUAGUCAUUAUGCUCGUUUACAUUAUAGCCUAUUCCUAAAAGAUGGAGGAAUGCACAUAGAAGAUGCUAUAAAUUAUUGGAAGGAAGAAUAUUCCAAACCUCAUUCAUGUUCUUCCAUCUGUUCACACCAAUGGCAAGUAAAUGAACGCAAAUUUCUAUAUAGUAUUAGACAUCUUUAUGGUCUAGAAGGAUCUAAAAAAAAUUAUAAAUCACCCAACUGUGAAUUUAUGUGUGCAAAUGUUUCUAGCCCAAUGUAUGAAGGAGGAUGUCCAUUUAAAAAUUUUAAUACAGAUAGUUUAAAGAGUCUUUUAUCUUUAUCAUUAACAGAUAACAAAGUAACUGAACUAUUAAGUAUUAUUACUCCUCAAAAUCCUCAGUCUGCUUGUGGAGAAUUUUUUAAAUUAAUUGACCAAAGAAAUAGUGAUAAUAUUGUCAUCAAAAGUCCAUUACAAUAUUAUUUAGCAAUGAUUAAUCAAAUUUAA